AUGUAAGAGCUGCCACCGAAGCAGCCAGAGAAAGCGACAAGGUGACAGAAAAGACAGAGGUGUCGCCAUGCAGCACUAAACCGCGCGAUUAACGCAGUCGGUCUCGUGAAGCUUCGCCUUUACAAAGCCAACAAGAGAGCCAGAACCACGGCCGCCGCGCAGCCGGGGCAGGGCGGGCCCCGCCGCUCCCUCAGGCGGCCGCCAGACGCACAGCGGCCGUUCCGCGGCCCCUGGCGGGGCGGUGGCGCCAUGGGGGAGCGCGGCGACUCCGAAGGGCUGGAGAUGGAGCUGGGGAGGGAGAGGCGGAGGCAACAAAUGCUUGAAAAUUCAAUAUCUGAAUUGAGAAAAACAGUAACAGAACUGGAGAAAAAGCUUAGCGGUGUUGAAGAUGAAGGUAAUGAGUGGAAAACCAGAUAUGAGAUGCAAGUAGAAUUGAACAGACGGCUGCAAAGGCAAAUUAUUAUUCUUAAAGACAAAGUGGAGCUUAUUCAUGGAAAUCCAACAGAUAAACUGGCCAUUGUUCGCAUCUUUGAUCAAAUGCCUGUGGACUCCUUAAAGGAGGUUCUUGAACAACUUAAAGAAGAGAAGAAAAGUCUCCAGAAUCAGCUAAAAGAUUAUGAACUUAGACUGGAACAAGAGGCAAAGGCUUACCACAAAGCUAAUGAUGAGCGGCGCAUGUACCUUUCAGAGAUUUUGCAGACCUCAGCUAUGCUUAAAACUGUUGAAAGGCAAAAAACAGAUGCUCUGACAAGCAACGGAGAAAAGCAGACACUGAGAGGGAGAUGCAGCGUUCCGCAACGUCUGAAGAUGGUUAAUCCCCAAAAAGGACCAAUUAAAAAGACUGCAGGAGUGAUGCAGCUUCCAAACCUAAAACCCUGAUUUAAUAUACUUUUUUUUUUUUAAUCUGAAAAUUUCUGAUUUGAAAAUGAAUGUGUUUAUGCUUUAUUACACCAAACCCAGACCAGCACAUCUUCUUGGCAGCUGUAGUGUAAGUUCCUCUUUGCUUGUUGGAAUUGUUCUUGUAGUUGACUUUUUUGUUCUGGUGAUCUCUGACUCUUUUCAUUCUGGUUCUCAUCAGUUAUUCUGGGUAUCUGGGAGCUGGGAUCUUUGGAGAACAUUUAGUCAAUCUGGUGGAACUGGUAGGUAGUACUGUUGAGUCUGUAUGAUUUUUGACAUCUCAAUCAAGGGAAAGCGAAUGCAGAGUAAUAUAACCUGAAAUGUAAUCUCUCUACCCAAAAAGUAAAUCUCUGCAGUAAUUCCAUCCAAGAGCAUAUGGUAUAGCAGCUAAGAAAAUAUCCAAGUAGUCUGAUGUUGUUACAGCUGAAUGUGCCUUUCAUUUUACUCUUAAGAAGACCAGCACAUAGCCAGUACCUUACAAUAGAGUUCCUUUCCAACAUAAAGUUAUUUUUUUUCCAUUACUCCAGCAGAGGGACGAAACACCUCCAACUUUUUAAAAAGUUGGCUUGUCGUAAAACCUUUUGUUUGCAUGUUUUAGAAGCACACUGUCAUGUCUAGCCAUUAUAGGCACCAGUUACAGAAAGAAAUGAAAGAAAAAGUCAGCGUUUUUAAUCAAGGAUACUUCAGAACAUGUCUUGUGAGGGGGGGUUGUUUCUUUUAAACAUUACAUACACAUUACGUUUCCUGAUAUUGGCAUGUUGUUAUUUGCAGUUUGAAUUCUCCUGUGGAUGUUUUUAUCCACAGUCUGGGUUCCAUAAAAAUCUUUAUGUACUGUUCAGUGGUGCUGAUCCAUAUAUAUUUACGGCCCAAAAUAGUGCCAGUUUUUAAAAUAAUCUCUUCAGUGAACAGUAGGACUACUUUGUCUUUUCAUUCUUAAGAAUGCAAUUGUAGUUUCAUUACCUACAGCAUUUUAGUCAUUAAACUUUGACAGAAUACUUUUUAGUAGCAACAGAAAAAAUGUUUUGGUAAUGAAGCUUCAAGCUUCUGGGUUACAUCAUAAAAGCUCUUGGCUAAGCAAAUAUGGUUGAUUGACUGCCCUUUAUUAUUUUUAAGAGCAUCCUUAGCUCUUUGCAGUAUCUGGUAAAGCUUUUUGCCUCUUUAAGAGCAGUACAAAUAGUUCCUUAUUACUGGCAGCAUUAAAGCGAGGCUGUAAUUAAACUCUUACAAAAAGAUCAAUGAUGCCAUUAUAAGAUCCAGGGAAAGAAGACCUACAGUAUUGUACAGCAUAUUCUGUAUGCAGAAAUCGUUUUUCUCUUACAUAGUAUGAGAUUUAUUACAGAUAUUUCUAAUGUUACUCUGAUGCACCUGGUAUAAUUCUGUCCUACGCAGGCUGGUCUGCAUAGCACAGCUGAUGAGGGUUCCUCUUCCUGUUUUUACAUGGAAAGUUUCCAGAUUUUAUUUGUCAUUGGGGAGAGAGAGAAAAAAUCACCAUAAUGGUUCUGUUGGCAUAAAAGACAAGGACAUCUGCAGUAGCAAAGAAUAUCCAGUUCUUGGAUUCAUGCAGCAGACAUUACUGCUGUCUCUAAAUCAAAUGUUAGUCAAUGCAGUUGACUGUAGUCCUUGUAACACUUCACAGGAAUUGGAAACUUUGCACCAGGAUGACACAACAGCAAUUGUUCACAGCUGGAGAGUUAAUUACUUACCUCAUGGGUACUUCUUGCUGAGGUAACAAUUCUGAAGCUUAAAAAGAAGCAUUUGUUGAUAUUGUUGAUGCAAUAAUGACCUGAGGAGAGGAGCAGACUGUGUCCUCUUAGUCCCUAUUUCAGCACACCAGGAGCAAGAUCAGGAUUUGAAACUCAGCAGUAUGGUAAUUAAGCCCUGAAACAUGUGUUUCACCGUUCUAAUUAUGUGUCCAGCUGUAGCAUUUGCUUUGCAAAGUGGUGAUAGUUCUUUUUACUGUAGAAAUUACUUGGCACUUCAUUUCCCUCCUGUCUUUCUGAAAAUAAGGGCAGGCUGAUGACUUUGAUGAGUAAAGUUUCUUUGCAACAGCAAAAAGUGUUUUGUUGUAUCUUUGGACAUGAAUAAAACG